AUGUCUCAGGCCAUUCUCGGCGUCGGUGACAGCGACCUCGAGAAACAAGACGGUUCCGAGAGCCAUUCCCGUGCACAUGGGCGGGCUCCCCGGGAGACUCAGGAAAAGGAAGAGCGUGCCAAUGGCGCGGGCGGCGUUCCGGGAAGUUUCACUCAGGGCACCACUGGAGGCAUCGCUGAUGGAGUCGGUGAUGGCGUUCCUGAUGGAGGUGCUCCUGGGACCAUCGACCCAUCCGGACGCAAAGAACUGAAGGAGUGGGAGUGCUACGAGGCAUUGGGCUAUUCCUUUCCCACGUGGAAGAAAUGGGCGGUUAUUUCAGUGAUCUUUUGCGUGCAGGUCUCGAUGAAUUGGAACGCCAGUUUCUACGCCAGCAGCAUUGGGCUGUAUGCCAAGCACUUCAACGUCUCGGAGCAGGCGGCACGAACUGGCCAAAUGAGCUUUCUGAUCGCAUAUGCCUUUGGCUGUGAAUUCUGGGCUCCGUUCAGCGAGGAAUUUGGUCGAUGGCCCAUUAUGCAGCUCAGCUUGUUCCUGGUCAAUAUCUGGCAGAUUCCAUGUGCAUUGGCUCCUAAUUUCGGAACUAUUGUCGUCUGUCGUACACUCGGAGGUCUUUCCUCUGCGGGUGGCUCAGUCACUCUCGGCAUGGUCGCGGACAUGUGGGAGCCCGAAGUCCAGCAGUGGGCAGUGGCCUAUGUGGUAUUGUCCUCCGUGGCGGGCUCAGUGAUUGCCCCUAUUGUCGGCGGCUUUGUUGCGACCUACCUGGAAUGGAGGUGGAAUUUUUGGAUCCAAUUGAUUCUCGGAGGCUUCGUGCAGUUACUUCACCUGCCGGUCCCUGAGACUCGAUGCAGUAUCUUGAUUACCCGAGAGGCAAAGCGUCGUCGCAAGCGAGGAGAUAUGGUCUGGAGCGGCGACGAGCUGAAGAAGAAGCGACUCUCUUUCCGCUACCUUUUCAUGGUCUGGAUUCGCCCAUUCCUGAUGUUCGUUCGCGAGCCUAUCGUACUGUGUCUGUCUCUGUUGAGUGGAUUCAGUGACGCCUUGAUCUUCACCUUUUUGCAGUCGUACACCCCGGUCUACCAACAGUGGGGAUUCAGCACGAUCCAGAUUGGAUUGGCGUUUGUUCCGAUUCUGGUCGGAUAUGGCCUUGCCUAUGUUUCUUUCCUGCCUUGGAUCGAUCAUCAUUGCAAAGUUCAGGAGCGGGAUCCAGAUGGACUCGUGCCGGAGGCUCGACUUCAUUGGCUACUAUGGGUGGCUCCGUUGUUAUCCCUUGGUCUAUUUGGAUUUACCUGGACAAGUCUGGGUCCGCCUCAUGUUCAUUGGAUCGCUCCCAUGAUCUUCUCCUGCUUGAUUGCCAUUGCGAAUUUCUCAAUAUACAUGGCAACUAUAGACUACAUGAUCGCCGCUUACGGUCCGUAUUCAGCCUCUGCAACAGGUGGAAACGGAUUCGCUCGUGACUUUCUCGCCGGAGUCGCAGCAAUGUAUUCAGUACCCAUGUACGAAAACAUGGGCACAACCCUUCGCCUCGAAUGGCCAUCGCUCUUCCUCGCAUGUAUGGCAAUCAUCUUCACCAUUCCCAUCUACGUAUUCUACUGGUUCGGUCCACAGAUUCGCGAAAUGUCACCAUUUGCGCAGACCCUUGCGGCCGAUCGAAAGAGAGCCGGACGUCGAGUGUCGCACUGUGGUUCGGGCGAUCCCGAUCCGGUGCAGAGAUAUCUUUCGGGCUCGUCGGCCUCUGCAUCUGGCUGUUAG